CUACACUAACCCACCCCUCACCCCCCCCACCCACCCCACCCCCCACCCAACCCUGAUUCAAUGAUGAAUGCACUUUUCUUCUCACUAGCAAUUCUCUUCUUCUCACCAGCACAGGGUUUGCUACAGUCACCGAGCUGUGACGUAACAGACCACGGCUCAAACCUCCAAGUCCUCCACGUCAACAGCCCCUGCUCCCCGUUCAAAACCGCGGCGGCGGCGGCGGCGCUCUCAUGGGAGGACUCCGUGCUGCAAAUGCAGUCGAACGACAAAUCCAGGCUGCAGUACCUGUCCAGCCUCGUCGCCGGCCGCUCCGUCGUGCCGAUAGCCUCCGGCAGGGCGGUUACCCAGAACCCCACCUACGUUGUCAGGGCCAAGAUCGGCACACCUGCUCAGACAUUGUUCGUCGCCGUCGACACCAGCAACGACGCCGCCUGGAUCCCCUGCUCCGGCUGCGUCGGCUGCUCCUCCGCCACCUUUAACUACGCCAAGUCUUCCUCCUUCAAACCCCUACCCUGCGGCGCUCCACAAUGCAACCAGGUACCCAACCCGAGCUGCGGUGGCGCCGCCUGCGGCUUCAACGUGACAUACGGCAGCUCAGCCAUAUCCGCCACCUUGGCGCAGGACAACAUCACACUCGCAGCCGACUCCGUCCACGGCUACACAUUCGGCUGCGUCCGCACAACCACCGGCUCAUCCUUCCCGGCUCAGGGUUUGCUCGGCUUGGGCCGCGGCCCGCUAUCGCUACUUUCACAGAGCGUGAGCCUCUACCAGUCAACAUUCUCGUACUGCCUGCCCAGCUACAAGUCCGUCAACUUCACCGGCAACCUGAGGCUGGGCCCACACAGCCAGCCAAUCAGAAUCAAGACGACUCCGCUCCUCAGGAACCCGAGGCGAUCGUCUCUCUACUACGUGAACCUCGUCGCCAUUAGGGUCGGGCGGAGGGUGGUGGCCAUCCCGCCUUCCGCGUUCGCGUACGACCCCGUCUCCGGGGCCGGGACGGUGUUCGACUCCGGGACGGUGUUCACGAGCCUCGUGAGGCCGGCGUAUGUCGCCGUGAGGGACGAGGUGCGCCGGAGGAUGGGGAACGCCACGGUGUCGUCGCUCGGCGGGUUCGACACGUGCUACGCGGGCGCGCCGAUCAGCGUCCCCACCGUGACGUUCAUGUUCGCUGGCAUGAACGUGACGCUGCCCCAGGACAACUUCGUCAUCCGGAGCAGCGCCGGGACCACGUCGUGCCUGGCGAUGGCGGCCGCGCCCGACGGGAACGUGAACUCCGUCCUGAACGUGAUCGCAAGCUUCCAGCAGCAGAACCACCGCAUACUCAUCGACGUGCCGAACUCCAGGCUCGGGGUGGCGCGUGAGGCGUGCAGCUAGAGACACGCGCAACAAGUGAAUUAAUUAAUUAGUUUGUGUUUUCGUUUGGAUUAAUUAAUUUCUAUGCCGACAGUGGCCAAAAAACAAAACAAAAAAAAAAAAACAACGUGAGGGCAGUGUUGCCAAAAUUAGAAUUGGAAAUUGUCACGGGUUUGGUUGUUUGGAUUAGUUUUGUCUGAAGUUGGUGAUAUUUUCAUCAGUUUUCUGACAGCUUUUGCGUGCUGAUUAUUACUCUGUUGUUGGAUGCUUUUGAAUUCGUAAAUCUUGUGUCACUCUCACACAUAAAGUUACUUUUUACUCU